CUUGACUAGUGGCAGCCGGCUAGCCGGGCGAGUGGCCAGCUAAGUAUUGACAUAGCCCGCAAGGUAAACCUGACAUUAAUUCUACUGGACUCUGACAGUCCCAAAAUAGGACGCUCCAUCUCCUUCUCUGCAGGAUGUUUAGGGCCCCUCAGAUCCUGGCUUUGUCUUGUCCCUUAAGACCAUUGCUGAUAUUGAGAGAACCCCACCUCUCUGCUUUGUCUGAGUACUCCAGAGCUGUGAGAGAUUUCAAGGAAAGACAAUAUGAAAGGAUCUGUGAAACUGAGGAAGGGUCAUCGUUGUGCUCAAAGACUGAAUCUCCUUCAUCACAGCUGCCUUUAUGUAGCCUGAACUGUGAAAAUCAUCGGUUUAGUAAAGCUAGUUUGUUAAACGUCCUCUCCCAAGCCAUUUUAUCCAGUCCUCAUCACCUCCAGGAGUGGUCAGCAUCUGUUAAAGACAAGUCUAUGUCUGAUUCUUUAAAAUUUACCCUUGGGAAAGACUUAAAUCAAAAAGUUGAAGAUGUAAGCACAACUUGCCUUCAACCCAGGGAAAAGCCUUGGGAUAUUCACCAGCCUUUAAACUGUUUCACCAGUAAGACUCUGUGCAGGCUUCAGCACAGAAACUCAUAUAACUUUGUUAGAUCAUUUAGCUCUUUUACAUGUUCAUCAGGAGUAGCACACUCUCACUGUAGACCACAUCUCUUCAGCCUCAGUUUUAACCAAAACAGAGCUCUUCAUCAGGCCGCUCCUUACGCGGCAGACACUUGGAAAUAUUGUCUGUCCCUGGAGAAUGAACACAGGUGCCGUCAGAGCCUGGGCUCAAACUUAAAACUGUAUGAUGCAGAGAAGUUAAAACAACAACCGAGCCAGAGGAAGAACCAGGCAAGAUGGGCUGCAGUCCUGGUCUCUCUCUGCUCUGUUGAGGGUGAGCCAGCAUUUCUCUUCACUCUGCGCUCCAGCACACUGAAGGGCAGACACAAGGGAGAUGUCAGCUUUGCAGGAGGAAAAAGUGAUCCAUCAGACAGGGAUGUUGUGGCAACAGCAUUAAGAGAAGCCAGGGAGGAGCUGGGUAUCAGCGUGCCAUCAGAGAGCGUCUGGGGCACCCUGAAGCCUCUCAGGGAAAAGACAGGGAUGAUGGUUGCUCCUGUGCUGGCUAACCUCGGGCCUUUAGAGGAGUUGUCCUUCAAACCAAACCCUGGAGAGGUGGAGGAAAUUUUCACCAUGUCCUUGUCCCACUUGUGCAACCCAAAGAACCGUGGAUACACACACUUUCGCACAGGUGACAGAUACGGAUACACUCUCCCAGUGUUUCGUAACGGAAAGCAUCGAGUUUGGGGCCUUACAGCCAUGGCACUAGACUAUACUCUGAAACUCAUUAUCCCUCGUAAGCAGCUCAUUUCUAGCUAAUAUAGUUUAAAGUUCACUUCUAUUACCAAAGCAAACCUCUUAUUUCAUGUGACUGAAAAAUCUGAUUGUCAAAAAAAUGUGAAGUCAAGUUUUGUUUAGCUGUACAAUGUCAAGAAUCACUGUGAAUUUAAGAUUUGAUCAUUCACUCAGUCAUUUGUGGGGAGUAGUCCAUUCACUCUCUGCUUCAUCACAGUUAACAGCAGGAUUUCCUCGCCUUUACAAUCUCUGACUGAUGGGUGUGUCAGGACCUCUUUAUUUCAUGUGUAUGCAAGUGGUGGCCAGCUGAUAAAGUGCAGGUGCUGAUAGUCUUUUCCAGUAGAAUUGCAGCAUAAAAAUCAUCUUGAUUACACCUGAUUGAGUCACAUCCAUAAACUAUCUGUAUUCUCAGUAUAACCAGCUGUCUAUAUUUUGAGACAACCUAAGCCAUAUGAGACUAAACUUUACAAGCACACCUAAAGCAGUUAAUGGUCUCCAGUGUGAUUUAGAACAUCCAUUUCAUCUCACACAAGCUUGAAUCUGGACUGUCGUGUGGACAAACACUGAAUUAAUCAAAGCAUGUUGUUUUAUGUGUUAAGGAGGUAUCAAUUAAGGGUUGUUUUAAGGUAUGUCCUCUCUGUGGGUCAUCUGUCAGCAGUGAAAUUUGUAUUUUACAUGAUAAAUCACAGCAAUAAAUAGUGUGGAAA